GCCUUUUGGCUUAGAUCAAGUGUAGUAUCUGUUCUUUUCAGUUUAAUCUCUGAAAGAGUUCUACUUGAACUCAAUCGUGAUUAUUCUAAUUUUUGCCCCGAGGGGGCGCGUCUUCUGGGCUUGCCCAUGAUCGCUCCCACCGUGUCCCUGGUAUUACACUGCCUCCAGGCGACGCGAACCCCCCUGUUGGGAUUUUUCAUUGCGGUCUCCAGCUUGACUAGGGACGUAAAGAAGAAUCGGUGUCGGGAAGGACGUGGCUUUGGUAGUGUCUGGGAAUCGGUGGCCGGCAGUACGCGCAACGGCCUGGGAGUAGCUUGGGAGUAAGGGGAGAGGGAGAGGAGGCGUAACAAUUAUAUCCGUCGCCGUCUUCGCCCAAAAUACGUGUCGUUCGUGAUAAGUCAUGGCAUUGAGGAGAGACAUUUCAGCCCAACCUGUUCUGAGCUACUAUUCGUUGUGCAAACCCAGCCUAGAGAGCAUUCCAAGAGGUGGGAAAGAACUAGGUGGUGAUCUUAGAAUUACGCGUUGCGCUCGCAUUUCCUCCGCCCGUGACGGACGGCAAUCCAAUCUGAAAUUUUCAAUCCAUCAACGCCUCGCAAUUUACCCACCCACCCAUCUACGUACUCGAGAUGGCGAGCGAUGGCCCCUCCAACGCGAUAGACCCUUCUAUCUUCGAGUACCUCAAGGCGCAUGGCGAGGAGGAGCUCCAGGUGGGCGACCGGCUGCACCAGCUCACCUCCGCCCUCAACCGACAGGUCUCGGUCUGCCAAGGCCUGCUCAGCCGCAUCCACUCGACGCCCAGCUCCAAGCUGCCGCCGCUUCUGAAGCAGGUCGAGGACGAUGGCAUCAAGCCCGAGAUCGACACCGUGGGCGAACUGGCCCAGUUCGCCUCCCAGUACCCUUACUACAAGUAUAACGGCAGAUGGUCUCGUACCGUCCAGAGCGUCGUCGGCACCAUCUUGCUGACCGCCUGGCUGGGUGGCUUGGGUACCGACUCCAACCCGGGCGAGAUCGGCCGCCUGCUCACUAUCGAGGAGGUCGGGGAGAUCUUACGAGUGCCUACCAACCUCAAGGACGGAGACGCCUUCCACAUCACCAUCGAGGAAUACAUCCUAGCCCUGACCGACAUCACGGAGGAGCUGAGCCGCCUGGCGAUGAACUCGGUGACGUUGGGCGACGUGGACCUGACGGUCCGGAUUAGCGGCUUCAUCAAGGACCUGUUUGCUGGCUUCCAGCUGCUCAACCUCAAGAACGACAUCGUCCGGAAGCGCGUCGAUGCCGUCAAGUACCACGUCAAGAAGGUCGAGGACGUUAUCUACGACCUAUCGCUACGGAACCUGAUCUCCAAGCCCGAGCCGAGCUCGUGAUCUACCUGUAGUCGUGGCGGGCCUCCUCAUUCUCAGCCGGUUGGCAUAGCUAGGUGAGGAGAUGGUGGGGCAUUGAGCAUUGCGUUUGCAUUAUGGCGCCCACAUAAUCUGUGUUUGUAGCGAUGGCAUAUCCUCCGACUCACAAUUCCGAAUAGCCAAAAAUUGCGUUUUCGAUAGCAUUAUUCUCUACCUACCUGCCUAGCUAUUAGCUACAGACCUACCUACCCUAGACAAUGAAUGACCUAGUAUGGUACCUAUCGCAAUGUGAGGUUUGUGCCUUGACCGCAAGUGGC